AUGGCUACCGAUAAGGGACUCGAGGACGUCCCCGAGGGGCAGAUCGAGUCCAACUAUGACGAGACUAUCGACUCGUUCGAUGACAUGGGCCUCAAAUCUGAGCUGCUCCGUGGUGUCUACGCCUAUGGUUUUGAGCGACCCUCUGCCAUUCAGCAGCGCGCCAUCAUGCCCGUCAUCAAGGGCCACGACGUCAUUGCCCAGGCCCAGUCGGGAACUGGAAAGACGGCAACCUUUUCCAUUUCCGUUCUCCAAAAGAUUGACCAAGACCUCAAGCAAUGCCAGGCCCUGAUCCUGGCUCCCACCCGUGAACUUGCUCAGCAGAUCCAAAAGGUGGUAGUCGCUAUUGGCGAUUUUAUGAAGAUUGAGUGUCACGCCUGCAUCGGUGGAACCAGCGUGCGCGAUGACAUGAAGGCCCUCCAGGACGGCCCCCAAGUCGUUGUCGGCACCCCUGGCCGUGUCCAGGACAUGAUCCAGCGUCGCUUCCUCAAGACUGAUGCCAUGAAGAUGUUCGUCCUCGACGAGGCCGACGAAAUGCUUUCUCGUGGUUUCACCGAGCAAAUCUACGACAUCUUCCAGCUUCUGCCCCAGAGCACCCAGGUUGUCUUGCUCUCCGCCACCAUGCCUCAGGACGUCCUCGAAGUCACCACAAAGUUCAUGCGCGACCCCGUUCGCAUCCUGGUCAAGAAGGACGAGCUUACCCUGGAGGGUAUCAAGCAGUUCUACAUUGCCGUGGAGAAGGAGGAGUGGAAGCUCGACACUCUGUCCGACUUGUACGAAACCGUCACCAUCACUCAGGCCGUCAUCUUCUGCAACACGCGCAGAAAGGUUGAUUGGCUCACCGACAAGCUCGCCGCCCGCGACUUCACCGUCUCUGCCAUGCACGGCGACAUGGAGCAGGCCCAGCGUGAUCUGAUUAUGAAGGAGUUCCGAUCCGGCUCCUCCCGCGUCCUCAUCGCCACUGACCUUCUGGCCCGUGGUAUCGACGUCCAGCAGGUCUCCCUGGUCAUCAACUACGACCUGCCCGCCAACCGCGAGAACUACAUCCACCGCAUUGGUCGUGGCGGCCGAUUCGGCCGAAAGGGCGUUGCCAUCAACUUUGUCACCGCCGAGGAUGUGCGCAUGAUGCGUGAGAUUGAACAGUUCUACAGCACCCAGAUCGAGGAAAUGCCCAUGAACGUGGCCGACCUCAUCUAA